AUGGAAGAAGAGACAACUGAAAUUGUAGAAAGUGUCGAUGAAAAAAGAUUAUUAAGAAAGUUAGAUGUAAGGAUCAUUCCCUUAUUUACACUUCUUUAUAUCCUUUCUUUCUUGGAUAGAGUUAAUAUUGGAAACGCGAAAUUAGCUCAUUUGGAACGUGAUCUUGGUCUAACCGGGAAUGAAUAUAAUUGGGCUUUAAGUAUAUUUUUCGUGACCUAUGUAAUAUGCGAAAUUCCAUCCAAUAUUAUAAUAAUUAAAAUCAAACCUUCAAUUUGGAUUGCAUCUCUCAUGGUUGGAUGGAGUGUCGUAAUGAUAAUUAUGGCAUUCGUGAAAAAUUAUACUCAGUUAUUGGUAACAAGAUUAUUGUUAGGAGUUUUUGAAGCUGGUCUUUUUCCUGGUGUCAUAUUUCAUAUUACAAGAUGGUAUAGGAGAACUGAGCAAAAUUAUCGUGUUAGUUUGUUUUUCUCUGGUUGCUUGAUCGCUGGUGCAUUUAGUGGACUUUUGGCAUUUGCCAUUAUGUAUUUGGAUGGUAGAUUUGGACUUAGUAGUUGGCAAUGGGCACAGGAUGAACGAAAGACAAUCAUUGAUCGUUUACAGCUUGAUUCAGCAAACGUUAACACAACUAAUUUGGACAAAUAUCAAAUUUACGAAGCCUUUAAGGAUUGGAAAAUUUACAUAGCAUUAUCAAUACAAUUUAUUGUAUCAAUGCUCGGAUAUUCAUUCUCAUUCUUUCUUCCGUCGAUUGUAAAUGGACUGGGAUUUGGUUCUGUCAUUUCUCAACUCCUUUCCGUUCCGCCAUAUAUAGUGGGAAGUUUUACAACGGUCACGGUUGCAAUAUUAUCUGAUCGACGCAAAAUUCGUGGUCCAUAUUUGAUACUUUGUUCAUUAGUAGCAAUUGUAGGAUACGUAUUACUUGUGGUACCGAGUUCUAGUAUUGCCAUAAAAUACACUGGGGCUUGUGUUGUUGGAAUGGGAUUAUUCGUAUGUAUUCCUAUAUCAAUUACGUGGUUAAUGAAUAACCUAGCAGGCGACUCGAAACGCGCAGUAGGUAGUGCAAUGUUAGUAUCUAGUGGAAACGCGGGUGGAUUAUUAGCCGCACAAAUAUAUCAACCUAAAGAUGCGCCAGCCUAUAAAACUGGCCAUACUAUUGCCAUAUUUCUUUUAAUAGUUGCUAUAAUCUUAUCAAUGGUUCAAUAUUAUUUAUUAAAUAGAGUAAAUAAACAUAAAAUUAACGAUCCAGACCGAUUUUUAAAAGGAAAAAAUAAAGAGGAGGCUGUGAUAUUGGGAGACAAACAUCCAUCAUUUGUUUAUUCCUUGUAA